CGGGACAAAGCACUUGUUCAGAGGCUGCAGUCUGCGAAGGAGCCGUGGUCUCUGUCUCCGCCUGGGACAGCAGUUUUGAAGUGAGCCUCGAACAAAAAGAGGUCCACUUUAACAUUAACUCUCAGAAACAGGUUCAUCUGUCGGACACAUUAUUAUUAUUAUUAUUUUUUUUUUGCUCCAAACUUUCAGAAGAAGAGUUUUGACAGGAAACAGGGACUGGAAGUGUGUUAAGUUUUUAUUCCCCUUAAGCGAUCCUCAGGUAAGACAACAUGACGGCGGUUAAAGUUCGGAGACAUCUUUGAGCAAUGUUUGACAAGCAGCGCUACGAGAGCCCACCUGUCUACAGUCCUCCUUUCACCUCGCCAUCCAACAACGGCUUUGGCUCCCCAGGCAGCUUCCAUGCCCCUCAGAGCGAUUACAACGCAUACCCACCUCCACCGGGAUCUUACUACAUCGAGGAGAAACCACAGCACUUCUACAAAUGGCUGUCGCCUCCGGGGAUCAUCAAGGCCAUGAUGGCUACGGUGAUCCUGUUGUGUGUGGCGAUAUUUGCCUGCGUGGCCUCCACUCUCAUGUGGGACAUGCAGUAUGGAAUGGGAAUGGGAAUGGGACUGGGCUACGGCAGCGGAUAUGGCGGCGGCAGCUACGGUUCAGGAUACGGUGGUUAUGGAGGCUAUGGAGGUUACGGAGGCUAUGGAGGCUACGGCAACAGCUACGGCUCCUACAUCUCACCUUACUCAGCCAAAACCGCCAUGAUCGCCAUGGCAGCCAUUAACUUCAUAGGGGCGUUGGCCUUCUUCAUCACCAGCUUCUCUAAAUCCAACACUGUCCGCAGUAGGAAGUUCUUUCUGGCCCUCCUGAUAGCCAGCAUCAUCAUGGCUGUCCUGCAGGGCAUCAUAAACAUUGUCUACAUUGUUGGCGUGAACCCCAUGGCCCAGGGCUCCUCCAGUAUGAUGUAUAAUCCAAUGCUUAUGAUGUGCCAGAACCUCUACCAGACCAGCUACUCACAGAUGGGAGGAGUGGGAGGCUUCCCCAUGUACAACCAGUAUCUUUACCAUUACUGCUAUGUGGACCCACAGGAGGGAGUUGCCAUGGUGUGUGGAUUCCUGGUUGUCAUCGCCUUGGGUGUUGCAGCUUUCUUUGCACACAAAACAAGAGGGAAGAUCUGGCGCUACGGGAAACCAAACAUCUACUGGGAUGAGCCUCUUGUUGGCGGGAAGGCCUCAGAGGGCAGAGAUGUAGAGGACUGGGUGAACAAUGUGGAGGAAAGCCGCAGUGUUCAAGACGCCCCUACUCUGCUGGUGUCAGAGAAGGGAGCUGGUCUGCUCAACGCCUCAGCGAACAGUGUCAUCUCCUACCCCCCAGCCAAGGUGGACAGCAGCUCCUAUAAUGGGGACGAAUACGACAACAAAGAGUACUCAGAGAGGACCACCAGCCGACCGUCAGAAGCCUUCUCCCACGGUGGACGAACCAGCUCCAGCCCUUCAGAGGAGACCAGCGGGGGCCGCAAACCCUCUGCCAACAGGGGCAAGAGACGCAGACGUAACCCCGAGCUGGAUGAGUCUCAGUAUGAGACAGAGUACACCACAGGAGGAGAAACUGGCAAUGAACUCGACGGAGAAGAGUGGGAGAGUACGUACCCAGAGAUAACAUCUGAUGCUGAGCGUCAUGACUAUAAGAGAGAGUUUGAUGCCGACCUUAGGGAAUACAAGCGCCUGUGUGCUGAGAUGGACGACAUUAACGAUCAGUUGAACAAACUCAGCCGGCAGCUGGACACACUGGAUGAAACCUCUGCCAAAUACCAGGCUGUAGCAGAGGAAUAUAAUCAGUUGAAGGAUCUGAAGCAGACACCAGACUACCAGUCUAAGAAGAAACAGUGUCGCAGGCUGAGACACAAACUGUUCCACAUCAAACGCAUGGUGAAGAACUACGACAAGAACCACUCAUGAAUCCACUGAGUCCUGACACUCAGCUCUGUGGUCUACACAGCAAACACUCACAGACAGAGGCCAAGAUACACUCCAAAAUACUACAAAGACUCUGUGACGUGUGGACCAAAGUUACCUGUACAGAACCAACACACACUGGAUACACACUCACACACACACAUAGGGACCAUACUGUAUGUUAAUAAUAAUGAUCUUGUGUUUUCCUUCAUUCACUCUGAUCAGUUAUGUAUAAAUAACUACUUUUUUUGUAAGAAAAUGGAAGCAGGACCCUCAGCUGUAGCCACUUCCACACUGCCAUUUUUUUCUGAAAGGUCCAGCUCAUUGCUUGCAGUUGUCAGCCACUUGUGACGAUCAGAGGGUGUGUUUGAAAGUCACCUCACCUUCAGUCACCUGUGGUAACACUGUGCUCAGUUUCUGUGGCUCUGUUUGCUCUCCAGAUUGGCAACUUUUCUUUAUUUAUCUCCACAGAUAAGAGGAGGAACAGUAUUGUAGAGAAUGUAGUAAUGGGUGAGACGGGUUGCUGGGAUUGUUUGCGAGCAAAUACGCAGUUUCUUUUAACCCUUGGCAUAGCGUUAUCUUUGUCACAAAUGAGCUUUAGUUUCUCAUCUUCUGCAUCAGUGUUUGUAACUAACUUCAACGUCAGUGCAGUUAACCGUUUUCUGCCGGGGGCCGUGUAUGUUUUUCCUAUGUGCUGGCUUUUUGUCAAAACUAAGAUUUUGAUACUGAUUAUCAUAGAUCCAGUGAGACCAAAAAGGGUAGAUAAGUGUUGCAUUGUUAUACUGUAUAUACUUUUAAUGAAUCCUUAUCAUACUAUGCACCAAGAACAAAUUUACAGUUUGUAUCUGUCUAUUAGAUUCACCAGAUAUCUUAGCAUUUGUGAUGAUAUUAUCUGUUAUUUGUACAUACUAAAGACCCAUAGUGGCUUGUUUUUUAAUCUUUGGUCACUCAAAAUGUGCUUAAGCUAUGCCAGUUAGUAAAAACAUCCAGACUAUUUUUAUAUUUCUUAUCAUACACACUCCUCAACAAACUGGAAAACACUGUUUCUGUCAUUGUCUAUAAGCAAAAGUGAAAAUGAUCAUCUGCUGAUUCCAUGUGUGUUAAUAUUUGUUGUAUUAAUCCACUUAUUGUUCAAAGUGUUACGAUCUAGUGUAAGUUAUAAAAUUGUUUAGACACACUUUUGAUUUGUCAUGCAUUUUUAUUUUUUAUGAAGAACAUGUUGUCGUUUUACAAACCAUUUGCAAGCCAUUUAUUUUUAUAUGAAUUUAUUUUCGUUGAUGCUAUUAUAAGACCAUUUUUUGUAACUGUAAACUUCCAUAAGGUAUGAUGUCUAAAAAGUAUUGAAUUCAGUAAGUAAUAAACAUUUCUAAUUAUCUAAAAA